UAGUUUCUUAUAUGAGACAGAUGUGAGAUCACUGUUGCUCUCAAAACUUAGCUGUCAAUAGACACACAUAUAAACCAGUGCUAUAGAUUUUAUUUAGUUUUUAUACUUAGAAAUCGGGAGAAGUUGAUAAUAUUAGCUCAUAUAAAUAGAAAUACAAAAGAAGAAUUGGAGCAAGUGUUAAGAUGGGUGUAAAGGUGUUGUUGAUUUCAGCUCUACUAGCAUUUGUCUCUCUCAUCCAGGCAACAACAGACAGCAAAGAAUGUGUUUCUGCAAAUGCCAAAACAUGUGGAGAAUGUAUUCAGAUCGGGCCACAGUGCGUGUGGUGCAAAGAUCCAGAUUUCAAACCUUCACGCUGCAAUAACAAGGAGACUUUGGAAAAAGCCGGCUGCACUCCACUCGGCAUUGAAAACCCUCAGGGAACGUUGACCAUCGACAAGAACAAACCUGUCACAUUCUAUCCACUUUUUUUAGACGAGAUGACCUAUAUUCAACCACAGAAGCUCACCCUAAACCUCAGAUCAGGUGAACCCCUGACGUUCACUCUGACAUUCAGGAGGGCAGAAGAUUUCCAUUUUGCCCAUGAUGUCAAUCUGGAGAACAGCAAGCUGCCUGAUGGUGUGUCCAUCUCAUUUGUUUCUCACUGCAAGAGUGGGAUGACCGAAAAAGAAGAAAAUGAACGCAAGUUCUCCGAAAGUGAGGGUGUGGUGAAGUUUGAUGUAGAAAUCAAGACUGAGGGUUGUCCAUCUAAUGGUACGUCUGAGACAAUAAAGAUCAAACGAUCGGGAUUAAACGAGGAGGUGGAGGUCGUCCUCAACUUUAUCUGCGAAUGUGAGUGUCACAAAGAUGCAAUUCCCAACAGUCCGGAGUGUACAGACGGCAAUGGUGCUUUGGAGUGUGGAGUGUGCAGGUGUAACGAAGGCCGGCUUGGAAGGUUAUGUGAGUGCAGCCGGGAAGAGGUCCUGACCGAAAAUCUGGAUGCAUACUGCCGUAAGGAUCUUUCAGCAAACAUCUGCAGCAAUAAUGGAGAGUGCGUCUGCGGGACGUGCGAGUGCAAAAGCCGAGAAAACCCAGAGGAGAGGUACAGCGGCAGGUACUGUGAAUGUGACAACUUCAGCUGCGACCGCUUCAACAACAAACUCUGUGGAGGUCAUGGUGUGUGCCAGUGUGGAAGUUGUGUGUGUGAGCCUGGCUAUGCAGGCAGUGCGUGUGACUGCUCUCUGGACACCUCAACCUGUUUGGCCCGCAACAAUCAAAUCUGUAAUGGUCAAGGAAUCUGUGAGUGUGGAAUGUGUAGAUGUGUCAACCCAAAGUUUCAGGGCCCGACCUGUGAAAUCUGCCCGACCUGCCCUGGAGUUUGAGCUGAACACAUGGACUGUGUUCAGUGCCGAGCAUUUAAGACUGAUGACAAUUAAGAUACAUGCGAGAAAGAAUGUGGAUACUUCAAUCUUAAGAUGGUAAAGAAGAAGAAGGAAAUGGCAAUCCCUUCAUUAAUCACUGCAAAGAGCGAGAUGCUUAUGACGGGUGGUUUUUCUUCACUUAUGCUGUCGUGACCUUCACUUAUCUCAAGACCGGACCUCUGUCUCUCCCUCCUUCCUAAUUCCCUUUCCCAUCUUCCUCGAGUGUACCUAUAUUAUCAUGUAUAAUACAUAUUGUGAUGUCAUAUGGUUUUCAUCUUUAUGUUUGGUGUCAUUUUGGUGAUUGGUAAACUGUCUUAUUUCUAGCUAUAUUAAAACAGUGUAUUAAAAGGUAAAGAGCUUAGAAGAAAAAUGAAACUCUGUGUGUUAAGAAAUCUGUAUUAUAAAUUGUUGCCAAUCCCAGUUGGAUGCCCCUUCUGGUCAUGAAAACGUGAUAAAGCAAAUUUCAAACUUAAA